UGCUGUGUGAGUGAGACACAUUGCUGCAAAAUCAUCGCUUUCUCUUGCUCACACUUUUUGUUUUUCACGAUUUUCUCGCAUUUUCCGCCGAAUUUUCCAUCCGGGUGUGGUUUUUCGAGCGUAGGAGGCGACGUCGCGUCGUUUGGCAUCAAAAACGCAGAAAAUUCAAAUUUUGCCGAAAAAAAAUUUUUCCCAGAGUGUAAAGAGCCAAAAAAUGAAAUAGCAACAGCAUCACUCCCUCUCGCUCGCACAUCGUCUACUACAUUAGUACAUGUCGCAUGUUUGAAUUGGUUAUUUAGUUUUACAGUACAAGCUGAUUCAGUAGACGAAAAAAAACAUCUGUUUUUCAUUAAAUCCCUCCAAAAAGAGUUCCUUGAGAAAAUCACAAAAAAUCAGCUUUUAUUUGGUGAUUUGGAACAAAAUCAUGAGCAGGAUGCCAAGGAAGCCUCCCAAGGAAGCGAUUCCCAUCAAAUUGAGUGCUGCAUACUCACCAGGAAAAGCCAAGAAUACCGUCAAGGAUGAUGCUUCAUUCAGAGGAACCCUCCUGCACCGUGCCAAUGAGCUCUACGGACGCGGAAAAGUCCCGGAAUCUGUAGAAUGUCAAAUUGAGGCUCUCUGCAUGGGCUUCCGGACAAAGUUCUUCUCCUGCAGUGACCGCAGCGACUCACUUGAUUAUGAUAUGAAUAUGAAGUUUAUCGAUGAUUUGGAAGCUCUCAAUGCUGGUCAGAGAGAUCCUCCGGAAUUCACGGGUCCUGAAUUUGAUGUGCUCAAUGAAGCCCUUACAGAGGUUGUGGAGGAGUUCAGAAAGUCCACAAAAACAUCCCCUUUGGACACACUAGAGUAUGACAGUGCAGGGAAAUUGAUUGAGAAAUGCCGGGAACUUCCGGAAGAGUGGACAGUGUUGCAUCUCUGCAAGGAUUUCAAUGCAAAUUCCAUAAAUUCCCUCCAGAGUGAAGUGAUCUCCAGCAAUGGUGGCAUCUACCUGACGCUCCUCAAGUACGAGAGGUCCGAACUGAACCAUCACGAGCCCAUUUGCGUCUUCCUGCCCGCACUGAAGGAGCAGAAUAUCUUCGAAAUGAUGCAGGAUGUGGCAAAGAGACAUGAAAAAUACAUGACUGUCAAUCCGGGAACGGAUAAAACGAUCUAUUGGGCUAAUUUGAAGCUACUGGAUCAGGAUUACUUCAAUUUGAUUCAAUUACUAAUUAAUUGGCUCGGUCCGUGGAUUACCUUCUUCCUUGGGCGCAUGAAGGAGGAGCGUGAUGUGCACGAGAAGAUUUUCACCAUUGUGGAUGAUUUUGCAAAGGCCGAGAAGCUCAAUUCGCGUCAGAGGAUCCUCUUGAGUCUCAUCUGCUGCAAUAGGGAUCUUCUGGAUAGGGAUUCCGUGGAAGUGGCUGCAAAAGAAAUCAGUCAAAGUACCAAAGAGAGGCGAAAAAUUCUUGAUUUUCUCUCAAAUGAAAAGAUUUUUCCUGAUUUCACGACCUCCCUGCGCUUCCCGAUACUUCUGAUUGUGGAUGAGCUGCUGGAUCAGUUUCCGUGGGAGAUGGUUCUUCCGGAAAUGGAGACAGCACGUGUGAGCUCCCUGCACAUGCUAAUGCGGCUGUACGACAAGUACAAGGAUCAAAUUGUUGAGGGGUAUUUGCAGCUGAAUCUCGAGAAAGGAAUAACAUUGAUAAAUCCACAGGGUGAUCUGCUAAAGAUGCAACGACGGAUGGUGGAGUUCUUCACCUAUUGGCUCCCGGAAUGGCAGCAAAAUGUCCAGAAAAUUCCCACAUCUGAAGAACUUCGCGGAAUGCUCGAAUCUUCUGAUAUUUUUGUCUACUGCGGCCAUGGGAAUGCACUGAAGUACAUAAAACCGAUGGAUUUGAUAAAGGAUACCCUUAAUUGCGUUGUUUUGCUCUUCGGAUGUGACUCAAUCAGGCUGAAAGCUGAAGGAUUCUGCAGUGAGAUGACUGGAGCUCAUCUGUACUAUCACUACGUUCUUUGUCCUCUCGUUAUUGGAGCCACGAAUGUCAUCACAGACUUCCCAACGGAUCAAUUGAGUGCCCGAAUUCUCAGUUCGUGGUUCAAAUCAACGGCCUCAAAGCACUUUGCCUUUGCUGAUGAAAAGUCCUUCAAAGAAGGAAAAAUUGAAUUUAAGAAAAAUUCCAAACCAGCGUGGGAGAAUCUCCACAAUCCGAGUAUUUUGGGAAUAUUUGCUGAUAUUCGUAACUCGGAGAACUUAGCUCUCUUCAUGAGAGCUUCUAUUAUCCUUCGGGGACUUCCCAUUUGGCAGGGAAAUGGAGAAAAAUCAGGCGAGUAGACAAUUAAAAUAUUUCUUUUAUUUAUGAGAGAUUUCUCAGUUAGAAGAAGAAGACAAACAUUGAGGGAACAAUUUUCAUGAAUUACAUUUUUCACUAUUUAUAUUUAUUCCGUAAAAUUUGUAAUAUUUUCGUAAAUUUCUAAUUGGGAGGAUAAUUUAUUAUAUUCUUGGUUAAACGUUAAAUUUCUUGUUAAAUACUUUUUCUACAUUUUCUGGGAAUAAAUUGCAAAGAGAACAAA